AUGAACAAGAAAGCUCUUGGAAGAAAACCACGUGAAUACAGCGUGUAUGGGAAAGUCUUCACACAGCAGUCGUCUCAUCAUGGGAACAUCAGAUGUCACACUGGACACAAGCCAUAUGGAGGGAAGCCAUUCAACUGUUGUCUGCAGUGUACUGAAAAACAUGAAGAAAAUCACAAUGGAGAGAAACCUUAUGAACAUAACAUAUGUGAUGAAGCCUUCAGUUCCAGUUAUGUUCAAGUAGAUGAAACCAGAGAAAAAAUUUUUAAGUAUAAGACACGUGGGAUAGCAUUUAGUGAUCUCUCAAUCCUUCCAGCACAUGUGAUCACUCACCCUGGAGAUGGACCUCAUAAAUGCAAGGAAAAUGAGAAAGCAUCCAUUUCUCCCAGUUCAUUUAAAAUACGUGAAAGGAGUCACACUGAAAAGAAACUCUAUGAAUGUAAACAAUGCGGCAAAGCCUACAGACAUCGCAGUUCUUUACAAACACAUGAAAGAAGUCAUUCUGGAGAGAAACCCUAUAAAUGUAAAGCAUGUGGAAAAGCAUUCACUUGUCUCAAAUAUCUUCAAAAACAUGAAAGGAUGCAUACGGGAAGGAAACCCUAUGAAUGUAAGCAAUGUGGCAAAGCCUUCAAAUACUACGACUCCUUAAAAGCACACAGUGAUCACACAGGAGAGAAACUCUAUGAAUGUGAAGGAUGUGGUAAAGCUUACAGUGGCCCUACUGCCUUGAAAACACACAAAAGAACUCACACAGGAGAGAAACCCUAUGAAUGUAAGAAAUGUGGAACAGCCUUUAGGUAUUACAAUUCUUUACAAACACUCGAAAGAAGUCACACUGGAGAGAAACCCUAUAAAUGUAAAACAUGUGGAAAAGAAUUCAGUUGUCUUAGUUAUCUUCGAAGACAUACAAGGACUCACACAGGAGAGAAGCCCUAUGAAUGUAAGGAAUGUGGGAAAGGUUACAGCGAUUACACUUCUUUAAAAGCACAUGAGAGGAGUCACACCGGAGAAAGACCCUAUGAAUGUAAAACAUGUAGUAAAGCAUUCAGUAGUCCCAGUUACCUUCGGAAACAUGAAAGAAGUCACACUGAAGAAAAACCUUAUGAAUAUAGAGGAUGUAAUAAAGCCAGAUAUUACACUACCUUAGAAUCAUACGAAUGGAUUUACACAGGAAAGAAACCCUAUGAAUGUAAGGAAUGUGGAAAAAGAUACAAAAAUCACAUUUCCUUAAAAACACAUGAAAGAACUCACACUGGAGAGAAACCCUACAAAUGUAAAACAUGUGGAAAAGAGUUUAGUUGUCCCGAUUAUCUUCGAAAACACAAAAGGACUCACACAGGAGAGAAACCCUAUGAAUGUAAGCAAUGUGAUAAAAGUUAUACUGAUCAUACUUCCUUAAAAACGCAUGAAAGAACUCACACUGGAGAGAAACCCUAUGAAUGUAAAACAUGUGGAAAAGGGUUUAGUUGUCUUAAUUAUCUUCGAAAACAUGAAAGGACUCCCCAUGUGAAGGAAACGUGA